GCAAACCUAAUGGGAUCUCAGUGCGCAGAGCUGUGCUCAGGGUCCUGCCGGCUGCUGCUUGCAGGCAUUUCACGCAUCGGAGGAGCACAGCUCGCCCCGCUCCCUGUGUUCGUACAGUCCUGGCAGUGAAGCUCAUCCUCAACAGCCCCUGUCCACAGGCAGUAAUUCAUAAGACCAUGGAGAGCCUGAACACUCUCCUUCUAACUGCUGCUGUUUGCUUUCUCUGUCAAGGCUGCGGCGGCUCCGAGGCCGAGCACCGGCUCUACGCGGCCCUCUUCGAGAGCUACAACCAGUUCGUGCGCCCCGUCAAGAACGUCUCGGACCCCGUCAUCAUCCAGUUCGAGGUGUCCAUGUCGCAGCUGGUGAAGGUGGACGAAGUCAACCAGAUAAUGGAAACCAACUUGUGGCUGAAGCACAUCUGGAAUGAUUACAAGCUUCGGUGGAAUCCAGCAGACUAUGGAGGUGCUGAAUUCAUCCGAGUUCCAUCUGGCCAGAUCUGGAAACCAGAUAUUGUUUUAUAUAACAAUGCAGUUGAGGAUUUCCAGGUUGAUGACAAGACAAAGGCCCUUUUAAAAUACACGGGUGAUGUGACCUGGAUACCUCCAGCUAUAUUUAAAAGUUCAUGUAAAAUAGAUGUAACCUACUUCCCAUUUGAUUAUCAGAACUGCACCAUGAAGUUUGGUUCCUGGUCUUAUGACAAAGCCAAAAUUGACUUAGUUUUAAUUGGCUCUACAAUGAACCUGAAAGAUUACUGGGAGAGUGGAGAAUGGGCUAUAAUUAAAGCUCCAGGGUAUAAACACGACAUCAAAUACAAUUGUUGCGAAGAGAUAUAUCCAGACAUCACAUACUCUCUUUACAUUAGGCGUUUACCUUUAUUUUACACUAUCAAUAUGAUUAUUCCCUGCCUGCUGAUUUCUUUCCUGACUGUAUUAGUUUUUUAUUUGCCCUCAGACUGUGGUGAGAAGGUGACACUCUGCAUAUCAGUUCUUCUCUCUUUAACAGUGUUCCUUCUUGUUAUCACAGAAACCAUACCUUCUACUUCCCUGGUAAUUCCCCUUAUUGGGGAAUACCUCCUUUUCACCAUGAUAUUUGUAACUCUAUCAAUUGUCAUAACAGUAUUUGUACUAAAUGUGCACUACAGAACACCCAAGACACACACAAUGCCCGUGUGGGUGAGAACCAUUUUCUUGAACUUACUUCCCCGGAUCAUGUUCAUGACAAGGCCUGCCAGUGAUGAAGAGAAUAAUCAGAAGCCAAAACCAUUAUUCACUUCUGAGUUUUCAAACUUAAAUUGCAUCAACGGUUCUGAAACCAAAUGCUGUAAAGAUGGCUUUGUAUGUCAAGAUACGGCAUGUAGCUGCUGUCAGUACCAGCGCACGAAGUUCUCGGAUUUCAGUGGCAAUCUCACUAGAAGUUCAAGCUCUGAGUCUGUAGAUCCUGUGCUUUCAUUCUCAGUUCUGUCACCAGAAAUGAGAGAUGCUAUUGAAAGUGUGAAAUACAUUGCAGAAAAUAUGAAAAUGCAGAAUGAAGCAAAAGAGAUUCAGGAUGAUUGGAAAUAUGUUGCCAUGGUAAUUGAUCGUAUUUUUCUAUGGGUUUUCAUCCUGGUAUGUAUUCUAGGAACAGCAGGAUUGUUUUUACAACCUUUGAUGGCUGGAGAUGAAAUGUAAAGAUUAAAUAAAACAUUGUGAAAUCAAAUAAAACUGCCAACCAACUCUGCAUCCCCCUCCCAGCACCUCAUGUCUCUUCCAUGUGUAGUAGAACAAGGAUCUCUCUUGGCUUAAACUUUGCUUGACCAAGGCGGCUUUGUUCAGAAUGCAGAAAAAGAAAUUAUUCUGAACCUUUAUGACAGCGAAUCUCAAAGUAAUACGAGCUAUGCUUUACAGCUACUUCUUUCAAUAACUGGAAAAGAUGGAAGCAGUGUGUUAAACUUCAUAGGAAUUAUUUAAGAAGGGGUUAAUAAAGAAAUGGAAAAUUACAUGAAUAUUUGGAAAGUCAAGAUGGGUUGAAUGCUUUGGCCUACUAGGUUUGUUCCUAGUCUGGUGCCAAGCCUCUUCAGACCAUGACAGGAUCUUCUGGAAGGAGUUCAUAGUGAGUUCCAUGAAUACCCUCAUGAGGAUGGAAUGGUGGGAAACACAAGUACCAAACUGCUGGAAUGCAGACAUUGCCACCUGCUGUACAAACUGACCCACACAGUGUCAAGAAAGGACCGAGAAGUUUAUCACAAAAGGAAAACAAAUAGGUAAAUAAUAGAUGAUGUUUAUAAAGCAGUCAUAAAGUAAACUCUCUGUAUCCCCAGAAUGCAAUGUAUGUGAAGGCCAUCAGAAAAAAAAAGCUGCUCAAACCUAAUGAUGUUUAGAAUUGUGUACAAGUGAAACACACACUAAGACAGUCUGCAAGUGAUGCAAAGGAUCACAAUGCUCUGAUUGGAUAGUUUGGAUACAGAGGCAUCCUGCUAUAGCAAAGUGUUUCAUGCCAAGGGAAGGCAGGUAGACAAAACAGUCCUGUAAAGUGUGCUAAAAUUGUUGCUUAGGCAUACAUUUUUUUUUUUUUUCAUCAGUAACUGCAGAUUAUUUAAGAGCAUGAAUAAAGAAUGCAACAAAACACUGUACAUAUUUUGUAAAAAUAUGAACUGUUCUCUCUGUACCAAACUGAAAACUUUCUGGAAAUACAGUGUAUCAUGUGAUAUAACAUUUAUGAAAAUAAAGAGAAUUAAACUGUUGAAAA